CCUAUCCCUUCCCGAGUAAGGCAUGAAUAUAGAACAGCAAUGAAUUUUUCCAUGUAAUGUAAUUUGAUAUUCUUUUUUGUAGAUAUAGUACUUUCAUACACGUACAAACAUCUAAACAAUCAAACUUGUGUGUGCAUGCAUGCGCACACUUGUUCGCAUUUUCUGUAUCGGUAUCGGCAUAAGCCUGUCGGUGCCAGGGUCCGCUUCUACUACUGUCGCAUUUGCUGUCGCUUUGACUGCUGCAUCUUAUGAUCCUGAGGCUAUUUGACACGCCCAACAACCUCGCAUUUACCAACCGGUGCUCUUGUUCCCAUAGUCCUUACAUUUACUUCUCCAUACAUUACGUCUACCACACUGCUAUACAGCUACACACUGUUUCUUAGGGAAUUCCACCACCACACAGUCCCAUCCACUAGCACCAGAAUUCACCUUUAUUUCCUGCAAUUUGCAGGAGGAGAAGGACUUGAACAUCUUAAGUUUUGUUAACUGAAGAAUUAAUCGACACCGUGAAGAUCCGAACUCCCAUUACUGAGACCAAUUCCAUGAAUGGAAAUUCUGACAGUCAUGACCCCCUUGUAGUUUCCGUUCAAGACGAAUCGAUAGAAGAGAACGACAAUUGCACUCGAGUGCAUGAUGAACACACUUCUGAUGAAAAGCUACCGGUAAAACCGCCGCCGCUACCAGAGAUACGGAAACAUGAAGGGGAAGGACAUAUGGGCUUUCUGCCUUUUCGGUCUAGCAAGACUCAUGUGUCCGAGGGAAUAGACCCAUUGUCACGGAAGAUAAUUGACCGAUCUCGUAGCAGAGUCGACCAGCCAGACUCGGAGCAACAGCAGCAGCAAAGCUCCGUUUUCGGCAACUUCCUGAGCGUUCCCGGUACUCACAGACGACAGGCCUCGCAAAAAAUUCAAGAGAUAGACGAAUCAGGUAGAAAUGAUGCACCAAUAAGCUUGAAAGACUUUGCCGGAAAUUCCAAUAAUGCGGUGGACAAUCUUGCUGCCGCCUUGGAGCCGACGCAGGUUGGACGCAGGCCGUCUUUACUGCAACGAAUCUUUCGUACGACACGGAGGCUGAAACCAGGCAAUGCCAAUUCAUCGAUGAGUAAAGAUGAUGAGUCAUGUUAUGAAGGAAACAGCACUCUGCAGUUUUCGGACGCGUCAAAUAAGUUGUUAGAGGAGCCUGGAAGAUACGUGCGUGUGCGUUCUAAGAACAAGAGCAAGAAGGAUUUCUCGCGUCUAUUUCUUGCUCAAGAAUUCGAUUUGUCACGACUUACGGCCUUUGAGGGCAGUGACCUUAUGCCCUAUGUGACCAAUAUAUCUUUUACAUGCAGCAAUUCAGCUAUGUCGCCUGUGCUGCCCUCCGUUUCCCGAACUCUGUCUGAGAAUUUAUCGUCGCCGCUUCAAACAAGUUCUAGACGCGGAAGCAUACGCACAAACGGUACAGGUACCAGUUCGCGUGCAGGCACAAAAACCGGUGCAGCUAUUUGGGCAAUGGAAUUUAGUCAUGAUGGAAAAUAUUUAGCUGUUGGAGGGCAGGACAGAACCAUUCGGGUUUGGACCGUGUACAAUGAGGAGCAAGAAAAAGCUUUCCGACAAAUGGGUCACACGUCUGCAAGCAAGUCCGUCAAUGGCACUCUUCAUGCGCCCGUUUUCUCUACUCGCCCUGUGCGUGAAUAUGUAGGCCACAAGUCUGAUAUUCUUGACCUUUGCUGGAGUAAGAAUAACUUUCUGUUAAGCUCAUCCAUGGAUCGUACAGUCCGACUUUGGCAUCCUAGCGGAGCGAAUUGCUUGUGCUGUUUUGAACACAGUGAUUUUGUUACCUCUAUUGCUUUCCAUCCCAAGGAUGAUCGAUUCUUCUUGUCUGGUUCACUUGACUGUAGAUUGCGUCUGUGGUCUAUUACGGAUAAAAGUGUGACAUAUUGGAAUGAACUUCCAGAGUUGAUUACUGCAGUCGCAUUCACUCCAGAUGGAUCGGUCUCUAUUGCGGGAACUUUUGGUGGUCUUUGCCUGUUUUACGACACAAAAGGCCUUCGGUAUCGGACUCAAAUGCCUAUUAAGGACAGCCGGGGACGGACAGCAAAAGGGAGUAAGAUUACAGGAAUCGAGGCUCGUAUGUUGGCAAGCGGCGUGAAAGGUGAAACGCAGCUUUUAAUUACUACGAAUGAUUCUCGAAUUCGUGUGUACAACAUUCAGGACAAAAGUUUGGAAUACAAGUUGAAGGGACAUGUUAAUGAACAAGGACAAAUUAAAGCGUCCUUCAGCGAUGAUAUGCAACAUGUCAUAUGUGGUAGUGAAGAUGAUCAAGUCUAUGUUUGGGAUGUGGAUGCGUAUCGUUACCGAAAAAAGAAAAGCCAGCAAUACGAACAUUUCAAGGCAUCUUUGCGGACAGUUACGGUGGCUAUUUUUGCACCCACUUGGACCAAGCGACUACUUGCUGAAGGCAGUGAUCCCAUCUACGGACUCCCACGCGCGAGUGGUACUCGCGAGAGCCGUAUUAUUACUGAUCAAGUACUUGCAUUCCCUCAUGAAACUACUUCAGAAUUCUCCAAUGGGCAUAUUAUAGUGUGUGGUGAUGUUGAUGGGGUCGUUAGGGUUUUCCGCCAAGACAGUGCAUUUGAUCAGCGACAAGCCAUCGCUAUUCAGAAGAAACAACAGUUCCAAGGAAUCAAUGCCAGUGUUCAAAAUUUAAAACGCGCAGACCCCGGUACACAAAACUCUAACAUUCCACAGGUGACAAUUCAACGUUCAAAGUCGUCCAUGAGUCUUCAACGUGAUCGUCCUACCACUCUUCCUUACAUUAAUGCCAAACUUCCACAAGCCGCGAGCACCUCUCAACUUGGCUUGACGCCUGCGCUAUCGCGCGUCACUCAACAGGCUACGCAUUCUGAUGUAUCGACAAUAAAUACGCAAGCACGAAAUGCACGGACUAUGAACACGCGUGAAGCAUUGAGAAGAGCAGAUGUGAUGCUGCUGCAAGAAGGACCUGCUAGCAUGGCUUACUACGCAUUACCUUUACACCACGGUUCUCAGCAGUGCAAUGUUGCCGAUAAGCCUGAAGCUUAUUUGCAGAACACUGCGUUAUAUUCAUCGAAUCAAAGACCACAAACGGCUUCGCCUCAAGGUAGAGCUUCACCUUCAUCCAAUCUUGUCAAAGGGAAGAAGCCGUUGAACAAGGCAGAAGCUUAUUUUUCAAUGGGAACUGGCUUAGAACGCAAUUCAAUGCCCCCUCUUGUAAUCAAGCCCCCUUCUACGGCCACUGCUGCUGUUAGUGAAAUGAAUCUGGUGGAUAAGAACAAAGUGAACUACGCUGAAGACGAAACUCAAUUCGAAUGCUCUCACUGCGGAAAUGAUACAUUUCGGAUGUUUACGAAAAAAGCAUCUGGAAACGCAAAGGAGCGUCGCUUGGAGUGUUGUCAUUGCAACCAAAGUACCCCUCUUUUGAACUAGAUGUAAAAAGUUAUUUAUUUUGUUACGCUGAUGAAGUUGUAAACUUAAGUUUUGGCGAUUAAUAUUUCAAUUUUAUCCAGGUGUCAUACGGAAGAAUGAACUAGGAAUAAGAAACACAGUUCGACAACAACCAAGACCUCUUGUUUCGGACUGAACUUCAUGAGCUGCAAUGAAAUACGUUAUGGUUAUAAUAUUAAUAAAUGUUAUAGGUUCAAGGAAGGGUGAUGAGUACAUGCGUAUCAUUUUGUGAUUCGGUGUUUCUCUCUCGCAAGUGUUUCAUCGUUGUUGGAUUUAGAUUAACGGACAACGUGCUCUUCCAAAUUGGUAGAUGGACUUGUUUUAUCUAAUCGCUCGGAUUACUGCAAGACGAAGAUGAUCAAUAUAAUUGCAUGGAAAGAAUGCAAUUACAAUUGUCUAAUACAAUACAAUCUUUAUUUGGGGCUAUAUUUAAGUUAAAGCUGUGAGCUUUAAAUGCAUUACCACUAACCCGAUCUAUCUAUAAUGAUUUUGUUGUAUUGAGUCGGAACUCAAUAUAGAAGAAACCUCUAGCAAUAUAAAUACAAAAUAAUAUUAACUCGACGGUUGAGUAGUUUAAACUAAAUAUCAACGCUGUCAAAACUUAAGUCAAUUGAGUUAGUUACGACAAAUCGAAGUGGAGCUUAAUAAUAUAUUUAUAAUUACCAAAAUAAUAAUAAUAAUAAUAAUAAAAAA